AUUUCUUUGUCUUUUGAAAAGUUAAAAUGGGGAAUAAGUGCUGUUCCUGUGAUUCAUCAAGGAAACGCAAAUCAGGAUCUUCAUCUUAUACACAACAAACACCUCCACAUCUCGACAUAAAUCCGUCCGCAGUUGGUCAACAUCCCCAAAAUCUCACCACUCGAAAAAUCGUCGUGGCCCUUUACAAUUAUGAAGCCAGAGAUUCACAAGAUAUCUCCUUCUACAAGGGAGAUCGUAUGGAAGUCCAAAAUAACUCCGAUCCCGACUGGUUGUUUGUUCAACAUUUAAACACCGGCCGCCAAGGUUACAUUCCUGGUGUUUUGGUAGCGAUCGAACUCAGUGUUGAAAGUGAAGAUUGGUUUUUCGAGAACAUUUCUCGUAUAGAGGCUGAAAAGUUGCUCUUGGGUGACACCUCUCAGUCCAGAGGUAUUUUUCUCAUCCGCACCUCCGAGCACAUUCCCGAUGGGUAUGCUUUGUCGGUGAAAAACUGGGACAUGGACAAUGGGUAUUCGGUGAAACAUUACAGAAUUAAAAGAAUGGAUACUGGAGAAUAUUUUAUUUCAUUUCAUCAGGGAAGGAAAAAAGCUUUUAAUUCGUUAGCAGAACUAAUUGUUGCCUACAGCGAAAUGAAUCUUCCUAAUUUGUGCUACACGCUAACAAAACCCUGUAGGAAACCUGAACCUACUAUGAAAGACUUAGCAUAUGGUUACAAGGAUAAAUGGGAAAUUCCUAGGGAUGAAAUUGAAUUAGUGAAAAGUAUUGGUGAAGGUAACUUUGGAGAAGUCUGGUACGGAAAAUGCAGGAACCGAUUCGAAGUUGCAGUGAAAACGCUGAGAAAAACCGACACCAAGUCUAGAGAAGAGUUUCUUCAAGAAGGUGCUAUCAUGAAAAAAGUCCAGCACAGAAGACUGGUCCGACUCUACGGAAUCUGUUCAAAAGGCGAACCCAUCUACAUCAUAACAGAAUACAUGGCGAACGGUAGUUUGCUGGACUACCUGAAAAAAGACCAAGGACACACCUUGAAAUUCGAGGAUUUAAUUUACAUUGCUAGUCAAGUUGCUAGCGGAAUGGCUCAUUUGGAAUCCUUAAAUUUGAUACAUAGAGAUCUGGCCGCAAGGAAUGUGUUGGUGGGCGACAACAAAAAUAUAAAAAUUUGCGAUUUUGGCCUGUCCAGGAUAAUCGACGACGAAAUUUACACCGCCCGAGGGGGCCAAUUUCCAUUAAAAUGGACAGCCCCAGAGGCAUUGAGUGAAAAUACUUUUUCCACAAAGUCGGACGUGUGGUCUUACGGGAUACUUCUUAUGGAACUUUUCACGUUUGGAAAACCACCUUAUGAAGGUUUAGCACCUAUUGUGAUAUACCAUUGGGUUGUGCAAGAACGACGUAUAAUGGCACAACCGUCGGAUCUGCCAGAUGAAAUUUACCUGAUAAUGAAAUCAUGUUGGUUAUUCGAGCCAGAAAAGAGGCCGUGGUUUCAUCAGCUGGAAGAAUACUUUGAAACAAUGAAAAUCAUCUAUAGGCGCACUGAAACUAGCUCAACAAUAGAGAUUAUGCAUAACUUACCCAGUUCUUACGAGGACCACGAAUUGAAAAAUUAAUAAAUAAAAUAUAAAUUUGGGUGCAAGGAACAUCCUUCUCGACGACUACAACUCAAUAAAAAUCUGCGACUUCGGCCUGUCGAGAUUUGUAAAAACUGGCGAAGUUUAUACAGCCAUCACGUUAGAUUUGAAAUUUCCCGUCAAAUGGACUGCACCUGAAGCUCUCAAUUACCCAAACAUAUUUUCCCAUAAAUCAGAUGUAUGGUCUUAUGGUGUAUUUCUUAUGGAAUUAUUCACUUUUGGUCAAAUUCCUUACGAAGAAAUUCCAAUUUCUGAAGUGCCUGGAUUAAUUUCAAGUGGUUAUAGAAUGCCAAAACCCGAGGACCUGCCGACAGAAAUUUACAAAAUGAUAGAAAAAUGUUGGCACGAGCAACCGAACAAACGACCGCCGUUCAAAGAUCUGGAAUACUAUUUCGAAAGCAUCGAUGUUAAAUACAGCGACAAGUCGCAAAAUAGUCAAAAUUUGGUGUUGAUACGGAAUGGGCCUCACUGUUAUGAGGAUCACAAUUUGAAAAUAAAAUAAUUAAGUAAUAUAAAAUAACAAACAAAUAGAUUUUUAUUGUCUUAA